ACUAGAGAAAAUGUCAACUAAGCCACCUAAUUAAGCAGAGUCUUUAAGUGUCACGACCUGUUCAAACUAAAACAGGUAAGACAAAGUAACCUUCUGCACCUUUUUCCAACCGAAAAAUAACUUCUUAUAAAUACAAACCAAUAGCAGAAGACUUAAUCAAAACAACAAACAAAAUCCCCACACUUUACCAAAAUUGUUGAGAGAGAGAGGGCGAGAGAUGCAGUCACCUUGCUGGAAGGAGGUCACAGAAGUAUGCCUCAGUGGCUGCUGCCCCAACCCGUUACAGAAGCUGUCAGCGCAUCACCACCGCACCAUGUCCAAUUCCGGAAGCACUUCUGCAGCUUGUCGCCGCGACUUUGCAGCCACGACUUCAUCAUCCAUAUUCCCAAACACCGUGUUCACCAACCACGAGUGUCUCCCGUCUUUGCACGAGUCCUUCGCUGACUUCACCAACGUUUAUCCCAAAUACCAUGAGACUGCGGAAGUUGAUCGGAUACGAGCUAAAGAGUACUACCAUCUCUCACAGUCAAACCAUACCUGCCUUGAUUAUAUUGGCAUCGGCCUCUUCUCCUCUUCUCAGCUGCACAAUCACGAAUCCUCUUCUCAAGUGAGGUCGGAUUUCCCCUUCUUUAGUUUGUCGUACAAGACAGGGAGUUUGAAGACGCAGCUGCUUCAUGGCGGCCAGGAAUCAGAGCUGGAAUCUGCAAUGAGAAACAGGAUUAUGGAUUUUCUUAACAUAUCAGAAAAUGAUUACAGCAUGGUUUUCACUGCCAACAGAACAUCGGCUUUUAAACUUGUGGCGGAAUCUUACCCGUUCAAGACCAGUAGGAAGCUGCUGACGGUGUAUGAUUACGAGAGUGAGGCAGUGGAAGGGAUGAUUAACAGCUCCGAAAAGAGAGGAGCCAAAGUCAUGUCGGCGGAGUUUUCGUGGCCCCGGCUGAGGAUUCAGUCGGCCAAGUUGAGGAAGAUGGUCGUAAGCAAGAGGAAGAAGAAGAAGAAAAGGGGGCUUUUCAUGUUUCCGGUACAUUCUAGGAUAACAGGCUCCAGGUAUCCUUACAUAUGGAUGACCAUGGCGCAGGAGAACGGGUGGCACGUCUUGGUUGAUGCUUGUGCAUUAGGACCAAAAGAUAUGGACAGCUUCGGCCUCUCUCUCUUUCAACCCGAUUUCCUCAUUUCUUCCUUCUACAAGAUUUGUGGGGAAAACCCUUCAGGCUUUGCAUGCCUCUUUGUCAAGAAAUCUGCUGUUUCGGUCCUAGAAGUUUCCACGAGCACAGGAAUUGUAAAUCUUGUCCCGGCAAAGCAAUUGCUUCAAAUAGCAGGGGAUUCUUCCGGUACCGACACAGAGCUUGAGCAGAUAUCCAGACUUGGCAUGCAGCUAGAUGCAUUAGGCACGGCAAGUUCUUUCUCCGGUCUGAUAUCCAAUCAGUCAACACCGACAAGAAGAUUGAAGCAAGAACGGCCUGAGAGAGCUGAAGAAGCUGCAAACUGGGAAGAAAUCGAAAUAUCUUCAGAGAAGGACGAGAAUUCCAGAAGCAGCGGUAAUGGGAACCUAGAGGUUGUAUGCAGGGGACUGGAUCAAGUGGAUUCACUGGGGCUAAUGGUGAUCACUAACAGGGCAAGGUACCUGAUCAAUUGGCUGGUGAGCUCAUUGAGAAAGCUUAAUCAUCCUAACAGCAAGGGAAUUCCUUUGGUAAAAAUCUAUGGGCCAAAGAUCAAAUUCGAUAGGGGACCAGCUCUGGCAUUCAAUGUAUAUGAUUGGAAUGGAGAGAAGGUAGAGCCUGUUCUCGUACAGAAACUUGCCGACAGGAACAAUAUUUCUCUUAGCUAUGGAUUCUUACACCACAUCUGGUUCUCGGAUAAGUAUGCUGAAGAGAAAGGGAGAAUCCUAGAGAAAAGAGAAAGCGGAGCGAAGGGAAUGGAUGCUAACAAGUCCAAGGCGAAACCUGAUCUAGGAAUUACCGUGGUUACAGCUGCACUCGGAUUCUUGGCCAACUUUGAAGACGUAUACAGGCUGUGGGCAUUUGUUGCACAGUUCCUGGAUGCAGACUUUGUGGAGAAGGAGAGAUGGAGAUAUACAGCUCUUAAUCAGAAAACAGUUGAAGUUUAAGUAUAAUAUAUAUCUGUAUCUAUAUCUAUACAUUUGUUUAUUCUAAUUGGUCCUGAAUUGUAGGAUAUUAAACAUCAUUGCAGAGAAGAUUCUGUACAUAUGGAAUUUUAACUGUCAGGGGAAAACACAUGCUUCAUUCUUUCACAGAAAGAGUUUCAGAACCUUUUCCAUUUCGAAAGAGUUUCAGAACCUUUCAUGCUUGGCUUGUUAUGUAAUCUCAUAUUUUGCUUCCUAAAUCUAAUCCUUGCAAAAUUUCAAGUUUA